AUGGAGGUUCGAGGUGGGUUUUCUUCGAUGUACUAUUCCCGUUCUGGCCGCGAGCCUGAGGGGUCACGGCUACCCCGGUGCUGGCUCCUGCGAGAUCUGUUUUUUGAAUUUUUGUUUAUGGCGAUUGAGCUAGCUUGGGGGGUCACGGCUACUCGGUGCUGGCUCGCAGGGGUGAUUUCUCAGUCGUUCCAUUCACGUUCUGGCCGCGAGCUGUUCGUCAUCAUGCUGCAACUGCUCCUUCUCAUCGAGAGGGCCGAUGUCUACGAGGGCCAGUGGCUGGAUUAUAUGCCUGGCAUUCCUCAGUGA